GCUCCCGUUGAACAGCUUUUCCUUUUUCGCGCUCGAGCCUCUGCUGUGAGCGCCAUGGGCCACGACGAGGGCUGGGCCGGUCACCAGGGGGGCGGCUUCAACCUGCGCAUCCCGCCGCCGGCUUGGAUUCAGGAUCUGCAGCGGGGGGAUUACUCUCCAGAUGCUCUGAAGGCGCUGCGGAGGUCCGAGGAGUUAGCCAACAGCCACAACGCCCGGUGCGGCGCGGCUCAUGUUGCCUACGUGCUGGUCGCGGAGGUGCUUGGCACCACUGGGGCUCCGACCCCCUGGGGCGCGGACGUGGUGGGCGCGGCUGGGGAGCUGCUGGCGCGUGCCAGGGACGGCCAGGGGGAGGCGUUGCAGGAGCUGCUGGAUGCGGCAGCGGCGCAGCGCGCGCCCGCCAAGGUGGGGCUCCGGGACCUCUGUGCGGCGCUCUUCACGCCAGAGCUGCGUUUGGCCGAGCUCCUGCAGCGCCACGGCUUGUCGGCGGAGGGGCUCAAAGUGGCGCUGCAGGCCUCCGGCCAGCGCUUAGUGCCGCCGCCUGGCGCGUCGGCACCGUUGCUUAUGCAGCGGGAGAGGCCUCGGGCUGCAGAGGCUGGUGAAGAGGGGGAUGACGAGUCCAUUCUGGAGCGUUUUGGAAAGGACCUAGUGGCAGAAGCUGCCGCGGGUCGCCUGGACGCAGUCUUUGGCCGGGACGAGGAAGUCCAGCGGGUGCUGCAGGUGCUGGCGAGGCGCAACAAGCCCAACGUGUGUUUGCUGGGCGCACCCGGUGUGGGCAAGACGGCUCUGGUGGAGGAGGUUGCGAGGCGCAUCCAUCUCCGGCAGAACCUCCCCAGGCAGCUGCUGGGCUGCCGGCGCCUCGUUCAGUUGAGCCUGGGGUCCUUGGUGGGCGGCACAAGGUAUCGCGGGGAGUUUGAGAAGCGCAUGCAGAAGCUGCUGCGGGAGCUGAGCGGGCUCCGUGAGGAGGUUAUCCUCUUCAUUGAUGAGAUCCACAUGGCUUUAGGCGCCGGUGAGACGGAGAAGGGCAGCUCCAUGGACGCGGCGAACCUCCUGAAGCCUGCCUUGGCGCGGGGAGAGUUGCGGUGCAUUGGUGCAACAACCACUGCGGAGUACAAGAAGCUGAUUCAGAACCAGGACAAGGCUUUCGAGCGCCGCUUCGUCAUUGUGGAGCUGCAGGAGCCUUCCGAGGCGGCGGCGGAGAAGAUGCUCCUGUCGGCCCUCCCGGCCUUCGAGCGGCACCAUGGCGUCAAGGUCACGAAGGAGGCGGUGCGCGCCUCCGUGCAAGGCUCCCGCGCCUUGCGAGGCCGGUUCCUGCCGGACCGGGCGCUGGAUGUGUUGGACGAUGCUGCCACCUUGGCCUCAGAGGCAGACGGCGGCGUGUGUACGGAGGAGCAUGCGCUGCAAGCUGCACGAAAGGUGGCCCUAGGCGCCGCCAGCUUGCGAGACCGCCUGCUGGCGCGCCUGCAGCUCCUGCGCUCGCGCUUGUAGAGGAGCAGUUUUCAUGGCCGAGAGCUGUUCUGAGGCCCAAAGUGUUUGAUCUUCCGGCUUACCGCCUACAACUGGAGCCCGUUCCUUCCAGUUUCCCAUUUAGUUGACCA